UCACAAGCCUGUGACUACAAGAGAACGUAUUACGUUUAGAUGGGAUUCAGAUCUUUGACAUGAAGCGGAUAUUUGCAUAGUGUGACAAAUAUCAAACUGACAUUAUGCUGUCUCAUUUGAUGACUUCCAAAUGUCAGAGUGCAAGAACUUGUGUGUGGGGGGACCUCAAUGACUUUAGAUAGUGUCAGUUUAAAAGACAUUUACAUUGACUUAUUGUUUUUUUAAAAAAAUUAUUUAAAUGUAUAAAAUGUAUUAAACAAAGCAUUGUUAAGGAAGGAAGAUGGUUGCUGGGGGAGUGCGAAGGGAGGAAAAGAUUGUCAUAAAAGAAGAAGGUGGUAAGUUUCAGCUAAUUUUCAUAGACGCCUUCUUGACAGGAGCAAGCAAUACUUUGCUGCACUUUUGACAGCCUCCCUUCAACUGUUUCUGGCACCUGCCGCUCAUUCCCCUAUAUUGGUUUGUAAAUAUUUCAUACUUGCAGGUAUGAAAUACGUAGACUGCUGAAACAUGGCCACGCUGCUGUUUUUAAUUGGUUUUUUUUUGCCUUAGUAUUUGUAAGUGAAUUUUUUGUGGGCCUGUUACUUUACAUGCAAUUGUCCUUGCACAGCAGCAGAAAGGAAACUGUGGUUUUGUUAAGCACCCUUUCACUUGGGCAGCUGUGGCCGUGGUACCCUGGAAAAUGCUUGUUCAGAUAUAUUUCCCACCUGACCCUAAGAGCUCAUGGCCUACACUACACCAACUAUGAAGGCGACAUGUGGUCCCGUGUACUUUUAAGCACCCACAAUAAAAUACAGACUCUCAUUUUGAGGGAGCCUUGGGCGAAGGUGCCGCUGAUGGUUCCCUCCUCUGCCAGCGGACCCUGGCCAUGAGCUUAUCCUGCAGGUGGCUGUGUAUAACCAACCGUUUAUUUUCCCACAAUGCCCCAGGAUGACACUAGCUGAAAGCAGCGGUGGUUGUGAGGGUUUUGCGCUGCCUUCAACCUGACUGCAAUACAAACAGAAAGUGUGUCCUUGAUUUCCCCCUGUAUGUGCCAAUAAGGCACAAUCCUGGGCCCUGCCCUGCCCACAUAUAAGUCAUGGGCGCAGCAUAUCUUGGAACACCUGAUUCCCUAUGAACUCUCCUAGUUAUGGAUAUCUUCACAGGAAGCCUUGUCUCCAUUUAGCUGACAGUGUCUUUUGGUGGAGACUUUCGAGAUACUUUCCAUAUAAUGCUUUUUUCUUUUGUAGGUAAUUGUUUUGAGCCACCUCACAAGAUGUUACUACAUGGGUUGGGUUGCUCUAUUUAUUUUUUGCCAUGGAUUGCUUAUUAUUAUUAUUAUUAUUAUUAUUAUUAUUAUUAUUAUUUGCCACCUUUUAUUUCUCUCUCUCUCCCCCACCUGCGUUAUUUGUCCCCUUUUUAUCCAGCCUUUUGUCAAAGGAGCUCAAGCAGCUCUUUUCACAACAACCUUGUGAGGUAGCUUAGGCCAGGCACCCCCAAACUGCGGCCCUCCAGAUGUUUUGGCCUACAACUCCCAUGAUCCCCAGCUAAGAGGACCAGUGGUCAGGGAUGAUGGGGAUUGUAGUCCAAAACAUCUGGAGGGCCGAAGUUUGGGGAGGCCUGACUUAGGCGGACACAAGAUGACUGGGCCCCAGCACCACACCGUUUGAACUCUGUGAUGGAGAUGGGGGCAGGAUUCAGACUCGGGUCUCAACCUGUUUUACGUGCAGUGCUCUAACCACUAUGCCAUGCUUAGGACUGAACUACUUUUAGCAUUUCUUUGAAUUGUUCAAGAUUACUUAACUGUGAAUUAAUGAUUGCCUAUUCAAUGGAAUUCAGAGUUACAAAGUACCAUAUAACCAUAAUUUUCCAAUUUGCGCAUUUUCAGUUUAUGUUGUUUCCUAUGCACAAGUUCUGUUUAGAGGUCCUUUGUUAAAAAAACAAUUCUGAAAGUUUUGUUUAAAGGUCCUUUGUUAAAAAAACAAUUCUGAAAGCAAUCAAACUUCACACUUCAGGAAUGCAGAGCCUCUGACUGUUCGCAUUGUUAAAUUUACAGUGCUUUGUCCCGAAGGAACGGGCUUCUUUUUAUCACAAAGUACACAACCUUGGUUAUUGAGGAAACCAGAGGUAAGCAGGACCCAGCUGUCAGCGGCAGAAGCCGCAUCCUUUGCCUUUGCCUUAAUGAGCGAAGGAGGCGGAGCGCCCCCUUGUGGACACGGGACUCCUUUUCAAGCCCGUCCCCGUUUUCAAUCCGGGCGGAAGGGGCGGCGCGUCUCUCUGCCAUGUCGGACUUGGCUUUAGAGGAGCUCUCUGCGAUUGCUGCUAUUUACUGCGGGGAAGAUGAAUGCGAAGUGCUGGAGGUGUCAGAGGCGGAAGGAAUCUGGUUUAGGAUUCAGACCAGCGCAAAAGGACCUUUGGGCGCAGAUAUAUUGCUGAAGCUGUUGUUUCACUUGCCGAUCGGUUACCCAUCAAGCCUGCCGAAUAUCUCUGUUAGCUCUGAGCAGCUUACAAGGACGCAGUGUGCGGCCGUGAAAGGGAGAUUACUCGAGGAAGCCAAGAGGCAUUUUUCACAGCCCAUGGUACACGAGCUGAUUCUCUGGAUACAGCAGAAUCUUAAGCAUGCUGUCGAGCAAGCUGAAACUUCAGUCUGCAGUGGGGAAAGUACUCUAUCAACAGACGGACCUAAGGAGGAUGGUGUCUGGAUUGCCCUUCUGCGUUUAGAUCAUAUGAGAGCUAAGGGAAAAUAUGUCAAAACGGUGGAAAAAUGGUGUGCAGAUCUAAAGCUGACUGGAAGACUGAUGUUCAUGGGCAAGAUGAUUCUGAUUCUUCUUCAAGGAGACAGAGGAAGCAUUAAGGAAUAUCUUCUUCUUCAGAAAACCAGCAAGGUGGAUGUGGAUUCGAGCGGAAAGAAGUGUAAAGAGAAAAUGAUUAGCGUUCUUUCAGAAACAAAAGCCCAGGCAGCACACAGAAGGUUCCAGGCAUUUGAAGUCAAAGAGUACUCAACGCUGGGUGAGCUGCAAAAUGAAUUCAAGGCUGCGGGCCUGGAAGAACUGUUCAGUGAGUUUGUGCUGGCUCACCUGAAGUAAUUCUGAAGCAGGCACAUGUGGCUGAGACUAAAACUGUCAUUGAACGUAUCAAAUGGAUGCCGAGAGAAGGUAAAACGAAAGGUUUGGUGGAGGACAGCUCUGAAGUGCCUCUUGCGAAAUGUCAGGAAAAAGCUGUCUCCUUGGGAAGUUCCCCUCACGCUCAGAACGGGUGAUGUUUUGGAUUGUGACAACUCUUUGCUGGAACACUUUGCCUAUUAAUGAUAUUUAAGAACCGUAGGUCAGAUGGGCAGCAUGGGCAGCUCAGAAAUCACCCAAUUCUUUGGGGUCAGGGUAGAUUGUUCCUCCUUUCUCCUAUAAUUAAAUGAUCUUUUAAAAUAACUUGUUUCCAGUGUGACAUUUUUGGGGUAUGUUUAUGUUACUUGGAAAGCCGUACCAGAACCCCCCCUUUUUUUCUUUCCACCAUAUUUUAAAUGAAUUCUCUUGGGAAUAAAGAAAAAUGGCAAUCGCUUAUACCUCAUCUCUAGCCUGCCUUUCUGCUCCAGGAGUUCCCAAAGCAGCUUAGGCUGCAGUCCUGUGCACAAACUCCUGGAAAUAAGUCUGACUGAACUCAACAGGACAGUUUUUCUGAAUAGACAUGUGUAGGAUGGCACUGUUAAUUUGUGAAUGAGAUGUUACAUAUCCCAGACUGCAGCCAUCUUAAGUUUUAUUUGCUUUUGUUUAGAUCUGGGGAAAUGAGGGAAAAUAACUUCGCAGAGAUGACUUCUUGGUCGAACCCUUUCACGCUCAGGUUUUCAUCUACCACCAUUCUAAUUAUGAUUUUUUUUAAAGCCUGUAUUUCCUCUACAACUUAACACCAUUAGCUCAGAGGUGGGGAACCUAUGGCCCUCUGAAUGUUGUUGGACUCCAACUCCCAUGAGCCCUCUGAGCAGCAGACAGGGAUGAUGGGAGUUGUAGUCUUGCAUUCUCUGGAGGGCCACAGCUUCCCUAGUCCUGUUCUAAUUUUAUAGCUAGCCACUUCCUUAUAGAUCACUGUAGCAUUCCUAUGUCAGAUGUAUCAACACCUCCAGCAACAUCUGGAAGGCUACACAUUGACUUCCUUUCUCUAGAAACCUGCACCUGGCUGUGGGUAGCCCUUAACAAAUUGUGGUGCACCUCUCCCCCACCCUCUGCUUUCGUGAUACAAAACGGUGCUCAAACACUUACAGAAGGUGGUUAACCUUCUUUGGAGUUCAUCAAGCUGUAAUGAGCUUUGUGAUCCCCCCCCCUUCAUUUCAAAGCAUAUGGUCGAUGUCAUUUCAAUCCACACUUGCUUAUUUACUGCGACAAUAGUAAAAAAGAGAGGAGAAAAAGUGUGUGUGUGUGUGUGUGUGUGUGAGAGAGAGAGAGAGAGAGAACCUCUUUCAUUUUUCUGUGGCAGACACUUAAGCAUUUCAUCUACAGAUGAAAUGGUUUUGAAACGGCUCUUCGCCAUCAGAUUUAUAGCUCGUGUGUUUCAGAUGGCAGCAUCUGCCUUUGUGACAUUUAGGAAACAACCACAAAACAUGGAUGUUUAAAAGAAGGGAGGGGUUGAGCAUAGCACAACCUUGGCUGGAUCAGACUAAGGCAGUGUUUCUAAAACCUUUGAUACAAGGGGCCUAUUGCACCUCGUGACUAUGUGGUAUGCUUCGCCUUCACACUUCAGAUACUAUCCUAAUACUUUCAUCCCUCCAUCUGUCUGGUCUCAUCUAAAACCCAUUAUCAGCCAGUAGAAGUUAAAUGUAUCUAAGGCUUUUAAAAGGUGUCCUUCCAAGAGAUACCAUGAAGGUGCCACUAUAAUUGCAGGUGAGUCGUCUGGUACAUGACACCAGUUGAAGAUGUGCGAGGGAAUCUUUGACCCUCCAGAUAUUGUUGAACGACAACUUCCACCAUCCUUGGCCAGGUAUGAUGGUGCUGAUAGGAGUUGAGGUUCGGCAACAUUGGAGGGCUAGGGGUUCCCCAUACCUACUGGUCCAAGGAACUACUUUUCUUCCCCAAUGUUUCCAGAUGAAGAACUGUGAGGGGAGAGAGACUUUGUGCUGGUCAUCAGCCAAUGGCUUUUCCCACCUGUGUUGCCUCACCCUCCAGCCCUAGGAGCCUUUCCCAGACCAUGACUUUGAGAACAGCAGAAGCAACUGGGAAGAGAGGACAGGAGUUCAGGGAUAUUCAGUUUUUUAAAAAAUAUAUAUAAAUUGUGCACCCUUGUUUCUCAACUUGACCCUUUUACAUGGUUUUUUAUUUUUUAUUUGUAUUUUAUGCAUUGUGACUUGCUGUUAUUUUCAUUGAUUACAGUUUAGGAAUACUUUAUUGUAAAUGGCUAAGUGUAAGCUGUUUAAUUAUUAUUUGCUGAUAUUUAAUUAUACUGUUUACUAUUCUAAUGGAUUAUUGAAUAUUUCUUUAUUUUAUAUGGGUUGUUUAUUCUAAAGUUGUUUUCGUUAGUGACAUUUUUUGUAUGGGGUCAGAUUGUUAGUAGGUGUGCGGUCUUUGCUGUCAAUUUGGUUGUUCCUUCAGCUUGUCAUCUGCCUUGCAUAUAGUAAUAUAGAAAGGCAGUAUGCAAAUUCAAAGUGAAAUGAAAUGAAAUGUUGCUGAACAAGCUGCUUCUGUGCUCCACGUGAAUCAAGCCCUUUUAUAUACGCACAUCUAUGUGAUCUAUCACUUUUCGUGGCAAACUCUUCUAACAAUACUGUUUAACCAGUGUACAAUUUGUUUGCUCCAUGGUGAUAGUGAGUUUUAACAGGGGUGGUGCCUAAACAUUGUUAUCAUUGUUCCGCUACAUUGCUAGUAGUAAGAAGCAAUAUCUGUCAGCGCCAUCUCGCCAACCUUGUGAAUUCAGCACUUGGUGGCGGCUAGGGAACAUAGUCAAUGCUUUAAUCACCUACCAUCACAAACCGUUCCUCCCCGCCCUGGUUUGCUACAAACACGGUGUGCAUGUGAGUUCUUUCUUUCUCUUGCACACAGUUAUGCACAUGCUACAAAUGCAGGGACAACACUGCAAACAUUUGGUGUAUCUAGGGAAAUGUGUGCUUGCAAUUCUCUGACGAAGCUCUUUGACUAAGUGGCAGGUUCCUGCAUUGUUAUUUCAAGCUUAUUGAGUGGAAGUCAUGAUGAUUAAACCUAUUUAGCUUCACAGUGUUCACAUUCUGCCUAUUUUAAUAAGCAUCCUUAUGGUCAUAAAGCUUUUAUGCAUACAUGCAUGUGGGUCCACGGACAGUGCACAAUUCACUACUUUACUAGACAGAGGUUCUCGCCCCUCACUUAUGUUUGUUCCAUAAGUGCGGAUGUUAUUGCAAAGUUUGUGGGUUUACGAAAAGAACCCAAAGUGGCUAGCAUUGAGUGACUUCCAUGGCCACUCCUGUCAGGAAAUAUCCCGUGGCAGAAUGGAUUGUUCAGAUCCUUGCUCUGAAAACUUUGCUGUGACAUUUCAGGAAAGCUUUAGCCUCUGCGAAAAGCUGACCACGACCCAAGUCUGGUGAUGAAAAUGCUUUGCAUUGAAAGCAGAAAUUGCAUAUGGUAGUUAACAGAAAAAAUAUAAACUCUGUUGCCAAAGCUGAUGGUAUAGUAAGUCACACAAGCGGCUCUGAAGCCUCAUUCAUAUUCAAACCCUAUCGCUAUAAAUGGUGUUCUUGAUGGUGAUCCUUGCUGACUUGCUCUAUUAUUAAGGCUGGAGAUGGAAAUACAGCUUAAACUCUUCAGCACUUUUGGUGCAGCAUUUGUACAUUCAGAAAUGAGCCACAACGCAAUGAUCCUGGGAUCCUGUUGCAACCACCUUAAAACAUCUCGUUCACCAGGCAAGAAGGGUUGAUUACAUGUUCAACAGAGCUUGAUUAUCUGUCAGGUCCAGAGAUAAUAACAGAUGCUUUGUGCAUCGAUCUUCUAUCACCUGCUUAAUUUGUUACUCACUGUUCUUAAAUUGUCUAAAUCGACAUAUCAAUUCAGCAUAAGAAAUGACUUGAGUUUUUCUGCUUAAUUUGACAUACUUUAAAAGAACAUGCUGCUGCUCAGGCACCUGGAGAACAUCAAAGUAGACGUCAACCUGAUUCCAUCAAAGCAAAUACUCUUGCUUCCUCAUCUAUCAGCCAUUGACAGUAAAGAGCAUGCAGGUAUCUUGCGUUCAGGCAAGUAACUGGCAUCUUUAAAGGGUGGUGGUGGUCCCCUGCUGUAGGCUAAUUUGCAUGUGAUGUAGGCAUCUUCCUAAAAGAGAAAUGGGUAAGGUCCAUUGGCCUCAUGGGGCAGAACAACUGAGAAACAAUGUACCAAGGUAUCAAGCAUUUCUUAUCCAAAGUGAGCAGAUGGAAAGGGUCAGUUUCUCAUCUUCCUUGUCCAUUAGCGAAGUUGCCUGAGGUCUAUGGGAGUUUGGAGGGUACCAAUUCCAGGAAGGCUGGUGUAGACUACAUUUUCAUUUCGAAAGGUAGGAGGAAGCAGUUGGUGUGAGGCGCAGCUUAUUAUCAAUGCCCCAGUGAAACCUGUGUGGGAGAAGACAAGGUGAUGGUGGGUUGGAAGACAGGAAAAAGUUGUGUGGAUUCCAGAUGUAUGAGGUAAACUGCAACUGUUUUUAAAGGGCUCCCCAAUUUAGUCCUGGAUGGUGCUUGGGUAACAGUGUCAUCAGUUUGUAGGGCUAGAAGGAUUCAAUGGGAUGGUGAAAGUGCAAUGGAAGCUUUGUGUUGUUGUUUUUAAAUGGGUAUGCUGAUAAAGAAUAUGCCUGCGAAGUGCUUGGUCAUAGAUUAUACCCCCAAUAAGCUAAAUAAUGGAGAGACAUUGCUGCUUUAACAUUAUUCUCUAUAUUUGAACUGGACAAAAUUAUAAAAGAGGCUACAGGGUGCCCUAAUACUGAGAUAAAUCAGAUUUUGAAACUAAUCGUUUGUAAAUUUGAAGCGUAAAGUUUUCUGAAGAGCAGAAAACUCAAAACGACAUAAAAGCAAAAAAAUCACUACCUUCGGGGUGGGUGUGGGUGAGAAAUGUUAUAUUUUAUAAGAAGCCAUUUCUUGGGGCUGUUGGGUAAAUUAAAAGAACACAACAAUGCUGAUGUUCAUGAGAUUGAUAGAUCGUUGUAAGUUCUAUGUUUGCCUUUCAACUUAAGCCGGUAAUUGUCUUUAUGACAAUAAACUGUAAUUAUUGGAAUAAUCUCAUACAUUUUGUAGUAUUGGGAUGUAUUUUACAUCUUUUUAAUGUUUUACAUUAGUUGCAUUGUUGCCAAUUUGCAGUCCGUAUAUUUAUGCUUAAUUUUGUGUUAUCUUACUCGGGAAAUAUGUAUUGUGUAACUUAAUUAUGGGAUUUAUAGACGUAAAUGGAACUUGAAAUGAAAAUAUGCUAAUAGCAUUUUAGAGUUAUUGUUCUGAGCUGUUCUCAGAUAUGUGCUCUUGAAUCAAUAUUAGUUUGGCUGUCUAGCCUCGUUCACAGCAAUAUCCUCCAGCAAGAAAAUGUUUGGGUUUUUUUCAGAGAGAGAAGGAAAGGAGAGGGAGAGGGGAACUAAACAAUUUGCCUGUAAAAUAAGGCAGCAUUGCAUCUUAAUUUAGUUGUACUUUAAGAAUAAAAUCCUUUAAUACUUUGGGUGUGGAACAAUUAUGUAUUCAUUGGCUUUAACCUUAUGCUAAUAAGGGAACAAAGCUUUAAUUUCUUUCCUUUUCCUUGUUUGUAUUUCUUGUCCAUAAUUUAAUGCAAACAAUCAGUUCAUACAUGGCAUUAGUGUUCUGGUGAUCAGUUCCACUGACCAUGGUUCAUAAGCAUUUCUGUUGCAAACCUUGAUUAUAUAUGGUUUAUAAUUCAGAGGACGAAAAUGAAUUCUGGGACCUGAUUAAACAUACCUUGAAGGUGUGUUAAUGGCUCCUUCUUUGCCCACUUCCCCCUCUUAAUAGAUACUGUAUUUAUGGUGGGAAAACCAAGGUUUGCACAAAUCCAGAAUUUCAUGUGCAGACCUUUCCAUUCAUUUGAAUGUGUGCUAAUUGUCCAUUCAGCUGAAUGGGAAAUCAAAGUGUUUCCUACCAUGCAUAGGAAACAAUGCAUUACAGGUUUGGUGGGGAGGAUAGCAAAGGUACAGUGGUACCUUGGUUCUCAAACUUAAUCCGUUCUGAAAGUCCAUUCCAAAACCAAAGGCGUGCUUUUCCACAGAAAGUAAUGCCAAAUAGAUUACGGUAAUCUGUUCCAGACUUUUAAUAACAACCCGAUAAACAGCAAUUUAACAUGAAUUUUACUAUCUAACGAGACCAUUGAUCCAUAAAAUGAAAGCAAUAACAAUGUGCUGCAGUCACACAAUCAAUCAAUCAGGAACUGAACUGGGUUCCACACAGUCACAAAAACAAAACAAAAAAGAGCCGCAAAAACAAAAACACAAAAUAAAUAGAAAAAACAGACAGACCUCAGCGUAACACUCAAAACGGAAGUGUGGCACUCAAAUCGAAAGCGUAACACUCAAAUCGGAAGCGUAACAUUCAAAAUGGAGCACAUUCAGCUUCCAAAAAACGUUCACAAACCAGAACAAUUAUUUCCGGGUUUGCAGUGUUUGGGUUCCAAGUUGUUUGAGUACCAAGCCGUUUGAGAACCAAGGUACCACUGUAGUUGACUUUCUGCCUCUAGCUUGUAAAAUAAUCUGUGGUAAGGUUGUGGCACUCAUCUUGCUUUACUGGCCGAGGGAGCCGGCGUACAGCUUCCGGGUCACGUGGCCAGCAUGACUAAGCCGCUUUCUGGAGAACCAUCCCUGUUACAGAUACACAGUAGUCUUGGAGUGGGUAUUACGGGCCAUAUAACCUCACCUCUCCUUAUCCCUAUCCACAGGAGCAGAUUUUUUUAGAGGAAAGGGAGGUGGAGAAAAUCUUGCUCUUAGAAGCCCUGUUCAUGGAAAUUUGUGCCAUUGUUCUGAGGCAGGAAAUAAUAGCACUAUAGACUAUGCCAUUGCAAGUAUGAUGGCUUUCCUUAGAUCAGCAUUCAGAUGAGAACACCAUCAGUGGCAAAAGAGAAGGGAAAAGCUGAAAGGAUGUUUAAAAUAUCCUUAUCAACCAAGAUGAUAAAAGUUGGAAGGCAAGCUUUGUGAUGAAAGGCUUGAAGGUGUUAAAUAUGUUCAUCCUGGGUUAAUAUGAAGACACCUUUCAAAUAUCUUUACAAUCACCAGGAGGAAGACAGAAGAAGGCCAGAAGUGUUCAUUGUGUCCUAUGCUAUCAGGACAGGAUAGAAAGCAGUGGUUUUAAAUUAAAGAAAUCGGACAUGCGGGCAUGCUUCUUCUUUUUUGGGUGAGGAAAUCAGAAUGUAUUUUUAUUAAUACAUCACCCAGCCAACGUUAGUCUUCUGUCUGCUUCAUAAAACCUUAAAAAACCUUAAAAGGGGUAAUAAUUAGAUCUAAAAGCAUAUCACCGUUAAUGACAGAUACUUAUGCUAUUACUUGCAGAUUUAAGACAAAUAAAUGGGUGAUAUUAGUAUAACUGCACAAGGGCACUUACUGGGUGCUGUUAGAAAGAUGUGAUACCAUUAAAACAGCCCAGGCUUCAGGAAGGUCUAGAAUUUUAGAAUAGCUGAGUUUGAUCCUACAAAGACAAAUAUCUUUUUAAUAGUGUGAGGCUCUUCUGUUCUGACAAUUGAAUUAUCUGGCAAAAUCUGGUUGAUUUAGAGUGGGAAAUGGCACCUUCUCUGCUAAUGUGCAACAGCUGUAUCCCCAAUUCAAGUCGAAAUAUACCUUGUGUUCCAACAGCGUAUGGGUGCGUGUUUGUGUUUAGGAGCGAUCCUGCCCUGCCCAAUAAGCAAAACUCCAGGACAGGAUCUCUCCAUUAGAUGUGUUUAACUUCAGUUGCCAGGGAAACCUUAGUAUGAAUUUAGCUUGCUUUAGCGCUUGUGAUCCGUACAUCUGCAGUCUUUCAGAAAGGUUGACAUCACAGCUAUAAAAGCCUAUUUUCAAUAAAUGUUUGAAGGAUGAGUCAUUAUUGGAAAGUGCACGUUGGCUAGGAACAAGCAUCUCAUGUUCUCUGUUACAGACAGAUCCAGCACCUAUAAGAGACAUCAGUGCCAGCAGUCUUUCGGUGGGUGAUAUUUAUGUAUAUGGCAAAUUCUCUCUCUCUCUCUCUCUCUCUCUCUCUCUCUCUCUCUC